UCUCCUCAGGAGCCAUGUCCCGGAACAGCUCGAGCCUCGGACCGCUCCUCGAGGACCCCUCCACGGCCCCACGCGCACACAAUGUCCCAGCGCUCGUGUUCGGCGUGGCGCUCAUCGUGACCAUCACCGGCGGGAACGUGCUGGUGUGCGUGAGCGUGUACCUGGAAAAGGCGCUGAAAACCUCCACCAACUAUUUCAUUGUGAGUUUAGCGGGAGCCGACCUUCUGCUGGCGCUUCUCGUGCUGCCGCUGUUCGUCUACGCAGAGUUCCAGGGCGGGAUCUGGACUCUCAACUUGGUUCUCUGUGACUUCUUGAUGUCAAUGGACGUGAUGCUGUGCACAGCCUCCAUCUUUAACCUCUGUGCCAUCAGUGUGGACAGGUUCAUCGCCGUGUCUGUCCCUCUGAAUUACAGCCGCAGACAGGUGGACCAGAGACAGCUGGUGCUUCUGUGCGCCCCCUGGCUGCUGGCUCUGGCUGUGGCGUCUCCGGUCAUGUUUGGGGUGAAUGAUGUCGUUGAGCGUGAUCCGAGCGAGUGCCGUUUGGAGGAUGAUAACUAUGUGGUGUACUCGUCCGUGUGCUCCUUUUUUGUGCCCUGUCCUCUGAUGCUGCUGCUAUACUGGGGUGUGGUGAGGGGGCUGCGACGCUGGGAGCACGACCGCAAACACCGCCUCAAAGUCAGCAUCCAGGCCUGUCGUGAGCUGCAGCACCACAACCACGAGACCCAAGACACCCCACUCCCUGUUCCCUCCCCUGGCCCAUCUCCUCUGCCUUUGCCCUGGAUUGUGGAGCGGGACUUGGCCCAGUGUCGGAUGGACGUCUCAGGGGACUACACUCAGACAGAGCUGCCGUACCCUCGACGGUAUCGCGAGAAGUCAGUGCCCACGGUGGAGUACAGCCCAAAGAAGAGUGCCAAAAUCAACCACCGCGAACGCAAGGCCAUGAGAGUGCUGCCCGUCGUGGUCGGCUGCUUCCUGUUUUGCUGGACACCCUUCUUUGUGGUCCACACCACCCGAGCGCUGUGUGUGUCCUGUCACGUGCCUGUAGAGCUCAUCAGCACCACCACCUGGCUGGGCUAUGUCAACAGCGCCCUCAACCCCAUCAUCUACACCGUCUUCAACCAAGAGUUUAAAAAGUUCUUCAGCAAGUGCCUGCAGGGGGCACUACAAAGACUCACCAGCCUCUGCCAAAAUAGGACAAGUGGAAACUGA